UUUUACGCGGGAAUUAUGUGCAUGGAUAUGGUAUAAGACUAGAUCGGGAGAAAUGUUCCAUGGUGAAACUACAUGCUUGACACACGGAUACCCCUCUGACUCGCUUAUAUUCCGGGGGCAGCGACGGGAAGGUGCGCGUUGGAAUCGGCGGCUGCGCGAAGCGACUAGGGUCCUGGACUAGAACCGUACCGUCUGAUGAGAGCGCGUGUCAUGCGGACUCAGCUGUCGCGCGCUGUAAGGCUUUAAAACCUGUGGACAGGAGCUGACAGAUAAGCUGAUAUGUCCUCUGCCAUGCGGCGCCGCUGGCUUAUGGUGCCUCUGCUCAUGCAGGUGUGGCUGGCAGCAUCUCCGUCCCUCAGCGAGCGUCCAUGCCCCAAGAGCUGUCGCUGCGAUGGGAAAAUUGUCUACUGUGAGUCCAGCGGUUUUCGCGAUGUGCCCAAGAACCUCUCAGGGGGCUGCCAAGGCCUGUCCUUACGCUACAACAGUCUGGUCAGUCUCAGAGCUGGACAGUUUGUGGGCCUCAACCAGCUCAUCUGGCUCUACUUAGACCACAACUACAUUGCCUCUGUAGACGUACUGGCCUUCCAAGGCGUCCGAAGGCUCAAGGAGCUGAUACUGAGUUCAAACAAGAUCACAAUGCUCCACAACACCACUUUCCACCCUGUACCCAACCUCCGCAACCUGGACCUGUCUUACAACAAACUGGCGUCUCUGCAGCCGGGCCAGUUCCAGGGCCUCCGCAAGCUCCUCAGCCUGCACAUGCGCUCCAACUCCUUGAAAAGCAUUCCUGUGCGUCUGUUCCAGGACUGCAGAAACCUGGAGUUCCUGGACCUGGGCUACAACCGCCUGCGCAGCAUCACACGCAAUGCCUUCUCAGGCCUGCUGAAGCUGACCGAGCUGCACCUGGAGCACAACCAGUUUUCCAAGAUAAACUUUUCCCACUUCCCACGCCUCUACAACCUGCGGGCGCUAUACCUGCAGUGGAACCGCAUCCGCUCCAUGAGCCAGGGCCUCACCUGGACCUGGACCUCCCUGCAGAAGCUGGAUCUGUCUGGCAAUGAUCUGCAAGAGGUGGAUGCUACAGUCUACCAAUGCCUGCCCAACCUUCAAACACUCAAUCUGGAUUCCAACAAGCUGACCAAUGUGUCCCAGGAGACCGUGUCUGCCUGGAUGUCUCUGAUCACCAUCAGCCUGGCGGGGAAUGUGUGGGACUGUGGUCCUGUGGUCUGCCCCCUGGUGGACUGGCUGAGGAACUUCAAGGGGAACAAGGAGAACAACAUGAUCUGUGCUGCCCCCAAGGAAGCGCAGGGAGAGAAGGUCAUGGAUGCUGUUGACACCCAAAGUGUGUGUCGGGAUAAUGCAAUCACACCCCUCACGGCCAGCGCCCCACCCACACCAUCUAAUGACCCAGACCAGACAGAGCGCCGCCCAGUCUACCCCACACCACCCACGCAAGGUGGGGAGAGGGGGGAGGGAUCCAAAGGAGGCCCUACGUCUCCAGCUGUUACCUCGGUUGUGGCGCCACCACCUGAACAGUUUGAGCCUGUGUCCUUUCACAAGAUAGUGGCGGGGAGCGUUGCCCUGUUCUUGUCUGUGGUGAUGAUCCUGUUGGUGAUCUACGUUUCGUGGAAGCGCUAUCCCAGCAGUGUCAAGCAGCUGCAGGAGCACUCGGCCGCAGCUCGUAAGCGUCGGAAAAAAGCCAGAGAGACGGAGCGUACGCUGAGUUCCCCACUGCAGGAGUACUAUGUGGACUACAAGCCCACCAAUUCGGAGGCCAUGGACGUGCUUGUCAAUGGGACUGGCUCCUGCACCUACACCAUCUCAGGCUCCAGGGAAUGCGAGGCCCCGCACCAGAUGGGCGCCCUAACGUACUACCGGUAUGAGCAGCCUAUCGUGGACUACUGCCAAGCCCAUCAGCCCCUGCGGCUCAACAUGGGCUACGAGGGCCCCCCACAGGGCCUGGAGGAUCUGGGGCCACGCGAGAGGGCCACCAUACAGACUGUAGCGCUGCCCACUGUGCCCUCUGCCACCAUGGGGGUGAGGGCCAGGCCCCGCUCACCUCCCUCUAUCCUCAGAGUCCCGUCCGAGGGCACCGGUGGUCCCUUCCCUCCCCCAGAGCGCACCACCACGCUCACCUUUGGACGCUAACAGCUGGAGCGAUAGGCUGUCAGUUGAGGCAGGGUGGGGAUGCCACAGAUCCACCAUGACUCUUGAAUAGAGGGCGAUGGAGCGGAGUGGUUCUUUGGGGGCUUUUUUAGCACAUUGGCAUGGGAAGCCACAAGGGGGCGGAGGUGAGGAUAAGAAAACACAAAAAUAUCCAUUUACAUGGCUAGAUGCCUUUGGCAUCUGGCACCCGGAAUGUGACCAUUAUGAAGGCUGAUGCAUCCUGGGAGUUCUGCUAUCAUCUCUCUUUAUUUUUCCAAACACUUCAAAGUGGCCCUCCUGCUCCCCUCCUCCUGGCUCUUGGGAAACUUGAAACGUGAUGCAACAUGCAUGACACGUUAACAUUAACAUCGCUUUGGUUACAGCUCUGGCCCAUACAGCGACAACAUUGUAGGGUGCCUGCACCAGGGAAUGGAUAAUGACAGUUCUUUCACGCUGUGUUUGGAGUGAAAAAGGAAUGUGCAAUAAACAAGGUUUCUGGAGGAAAAUGAAAUGAGGGAGAUAUAAAGAAAGAGAAACAUCAUGCUACAAAAUCAUGUUUACCAGAGCUCAAAGGCUUGCUGUUACUCCCAUUAAAAUUGCCAGUCAGCGGCCAUAAUGCUAUCUAAUGGGAAUCAUUAUUUCAUUAAAAUGAGCUAAUUUUUCUGAACAGGAGAAUGACGUGGCGAGGGAGAAGAAGUGGAGCAUUGUAUGAUUUCCAUGGAGGUCACAGUCUCAUGCUAAGUUCUAUUCAUGUGCUCAUGUCAUACCAAAGAUGUGUUAUUUUAGAUGUACAUACUAGCAUUUGUUUUCUUUAUACUUUUUGUUUCUGAAAACAUCCAAACUGGUACACAUUAAAAACACGCUUUGGAUGGUUGACUUUUUAUACAUGUACGUCUGCCACCUGUAUACAGACGUGUACAACCAAACCACAUGAUAUCGUCUACGCAGGCUGCCGAGGCCUGUGUCUGUAAAUGGUUGCGGAGCCUACUCAGUUUGCCAAGUUGUCAUUACAAAAAGAUCAUUUGAUGUAGUCCGAUCUAUAGGUAAAAUAUAGCAAGCAUGUGUAAUGGCUUGUCGAGAUUUGGCAGCUGGCUGGAAUUGGCCCACCAUGUAUUAUACUCUCUAUGAUCCGGGGAAUUCAUGGGUUGAUAUCUAUCUCAUUAAAUCCUUUAAAUGGAAUAGCUGGAAGUGAAGUAUUAGGGCAGAAUGAAGCUCUUUAAAAUGCCAAUGCUUUGCGAUGCUCAGUUUGAUCAAAUUGGGCAAAGCAGUUAACAAGGAUGUCUGCAGGUCCUUCGAGGGACGUCAACUGAAGGUUGAAUCACUUACCACCUGUAAAGGCCUAGCAAGCCAUUUUACAUAUUUGAUUUCUCAAAGCAAUGCUUAAUUUUCUUGUAACUGUUUGUGAGGUGACCGGUAGGUUGGUAUUUUGGUGGGUUGGUGAUGUACUGCUCUUGUGCUGCGCACUACUCCCUCAGAGACAGUGCAGACACAGAGCCCAGUGCCUCGUGGGGGCUUGUUGGACUGGCUGACACGUUGAUGUUCCUUCGACCUCCAGAUGAACUCACUGACUGUGGUGAACUGCCACUGGGGGAUGGAUAUUGCCUGUUAACAACACAGCCAUUUGCCAGCCAGUGUGCCUGACAGUGUUCGGACUCUAACCAGAUGAAUGUGGACACUCUCUCUGUCACCCAUGGCCACUAUUGGACAUCCUUAACCAUUGAUUGAUGGACUUGAUGAUGGACUUGAACAUUUGUUGUGGUUGCUUUCAACCGGCAUCCCCCACCCUUCAAUACUCCCCAUGUCCAAAUAACAACAUGCUAUGGUCAUUUUUGUAUCUGUCUGGAUAAUUGUCUGUGGUCAUCACUUGCCUGCCACAGGAGAAGGUAAGGGCCGGGAUAUGGAUUGGAAAGGGGGGGUAUGCUUUUGUGAUGUUUCUUGACCUGGGAGCAACAGUGAUACUUUUUGAGAUGAUCAAAGAUGUCAAGAAAUUCUAUAAAAUACUCAAUCAAAAGGACAAAAUCCACCUGGACUUAUGUGUCUUGUAAAUAUAGAAAAAAGUUACAUAUUUCACUUCUUCUGAAACACAAACUGCUUGUGGCCAGAAGAGGAGCCUUAUCCACGAACCAGUGUGAGGAAGGGAGUCUGUCCUGAAGAUGGCUUUGGGAGGGAGGUGAUGAUUCCCACCAUUUGCUCUGCUCUCCUUGUUUUAAUGAUGAAUAUGUUUCUAACUGCUCCCACAUCCCUCCAUCACAUCCCUCCAUCCCAUUCCUCCAUCACGUCCCUCCAUCACGUCCCUCCAUCACGUCCCUCCAUCACGUCCCUCCACCACGUCCCUCCAUCAUGUCCCUCCACCACGUCCCUCCACCAAGUCACCAUUCUUGCAGAGAUAGUCUAUCACUGAGGUUAUUACUCAUUUCUCAUGGUCACACCCCCUACCAGAACCACACAUGAUAGGGACAUUGGAAACCCUAACAUAAUGAUUUGAAGUGUCAAUCAUUUGAAGUGUCUGGCCUGUAGUAGAGUAUUUUUCAUAGCAAGCUUCAAAUAAGUCGCGGUUACUAUUAUUAUUACUUCAUUCUCACCCCCAUGUUCUUUGUACAAGUCAUUCUUUCGACACAAGUUAUUUUGAAAAGUUUUUGUUGUUGUGCCAUGAUAACUUUUUUUUUUCAUUUAAUAAUUUACCAACCCCUAAGCAAACACAGAAAUAAUGCUCUUAUAAUGAUAUCAUGAUCUAGAAGUUUUUUCAGAUAUGCCCCACAUAUUACAUAAAAACUGUCGGUUUACUCAAAAUGGUUUCUGACUGCAGUACUGGUUUGAGUUGAAAUUGUAAUAAAUGUUGAGCAAAUGUCUCACUCUCAGUUCUAUCAACAUCUUGCCUUACUCUUUAUAACUCCCCUGCCCCCUGCCAUCUCCCUGGCCUGGAUCUCAUAACUCCCCUGCCCCCUGCCAUCAACCUGGGGUGGAUCUCAUAACUCCCCUGCCAUCUCCCUGGCCUGGAUCUCGUAACUCCCCUGCCAUCAACCUGGCCUGGAUCUGAUACCUCCCCUGCCCCCUGCCAUCAACCUGACCUGGAUCUGACACCUCCCCUGCCCCCUGCCAUCUCCCUGGCCUGGAUAUCAUAACUCCCCUGCCCCCUGCCUUCUCCCUGGCCUGGAUCUCAUAACUCCCUUGCCCCCUGCCAUCAACCUGGGGUGGAUCUCAUAACUCCCCUGCCAUCUCCCUGGCCUGGAUCUCGUAACUCCCCUGCCCCCUACCAUCUCCCUGGCCUGAAUCUGAUACCACCCCUACCCCCUGCCAUCUCCCUGGCCUGGAUCUCAUAACUCCCCUGCCAUCUCCCUGGCCUGGAUCUCAUAACUCCCCUGCCAUCUCCCUGGCCUGGAUCUCUUAACUCCCCUGCCAUCUCCCUGGCCUGGAUCUCUUAACUCCCCUGCCAUCUCCCUGGCCUGGAUCUCUUAACUCCCCUGCCAUCUCCCUGGCCUGGAUCUCUUAACUCCCCUGCCAUCUCCCUGGCCUGGAUCUCUUAACUCCCCUGCCCCCUGCCAUCUCCCUGGCCUCGAUCUGAUACCUCCCCUGCCCCCUGCAAUCUCCCUGGCCUGGAUCUGAUACCUCCCCUGUCCCCUGCCAUCUCCCUGGCCUGGAUCUGAUACCUCCCCUGCCAUCUCCUUGGCCUGGAUCUCUUAACUCCCCUGCCAUCAACCUGGCCUGGAUCUGAUACCUCCCCUGCCCCUGCCAUCAACCUGGCCUGGAUCUGAUACCUCCCCUGCCCCCUGCCAUCUCCCUGGCCUGGAUCUGAUACCUCCCCUGCCCCCUGCCAUCAACCUGACCUGGAUCUGAUACCUCCCCUGCCCCCUGCCAUCAACCUGACCUGGAUCUGAUACCUCCCCUGCCAUCAACCUGGCCUGGAUCUGAUACCUCCCCUGCCCCCUGCCAUCUCCCUGGCCUGGAUCUCAUGUCUGUUUUUGGUGACUUUGGUGAACCUGUUUUUAUAACAUUCUAAUUAUUUCCCGCAUGCUGACUAUUAGGGAAACCACAUCCUGAUAUGAGGGUGUGCACUGAACUAGAAACAUAAAGUAUGGAGAAUCUUUCCUGUUUAACAUGCCCUAGAACCACAAAGACAUGUUUUCACACAUACACACACACACACACACACACACACACACACACACACACACACACACACUGGUCACUUUGGUUUCUCUCAAGCAAGCUUUUCACUGAGCCCUCCAUAGCCAUUCCUCUCCAGAGUAGAUUGCUCUAGCACAAUGGGCCCUCCAUUCUCCAUGCAGUCUGUAUGCAUAUUGCAGAGAGAGAGGCUUUUGUUGGAUGAGCUUAUACCCCAGAGAGAGGCUUUCCUCUUCUAUCCUGGUAAUACGUUUCUAGACCAGUCUUCAUUAUUUAGUUUUCUUCAUCAAUAUUUUUCCUUGAGCAGUAAUCUCUUAACAGCAGUCCAACAGCGUUCAAAGCGAUUUCACCCCAAUAUGUAAUUGAAAGGUGAAAUUAACACAUUGUGAUCACAAUUAAAUUAGUGGCUAAUAAGUAAUCGGUUUACCAUUGUCUACAUCCAUGAUCAGCACUAACUAGUAUUUUGGCCCAUUUUUCUUAUGCCGUACUGUAUGGGGGCUUUCAGCACCGGGACUGAACUUCAGGAACAUCUGUGCUAGCCCAGAUUUCCUCUGCUUUGUUUAUUUUGGUUCUGUUUUCCCCUCUACCCCCACCCUCUGAGUCUGGGCUCAAAUCUCUGCUGGGAACAGAUUUUGCUGAAGGGGGCUGAAUGAAGUGUUGCAGGGAAGCCUUUCAUAUUUCCUUGUUUAUGCUCAGAGGAAUGGUUAAAUGCAAAUCGCUAGGGGGAAUGGGGAGGGGGGGGAGAACAGAAAUUAAGGAAAGGGGUAAGAACAAGGGGAUUGUACUGUAUUUGGUUUAAACAAAGGUUCCAUGUCCCAUGCACACCAGGGGAUGCUAUCCUAACACCUUGCUACACAUUGAUAGUAAACAUGUAGGAGGCGGCACACAGACACCUGCCUAUCUCUUAAAUCCUUCCACACCUUGGCUGUGUGCAGUCUUAUCACGCCUGGUGCACAUGGCUGAGGAUGCAGUGAGCAGUCUCAUCAUUGUACUCUGCAACUUCCCCACAGGGCCUAACAUCUGCUGCUGAUGUACCAUGGCUUUUGUUGCCCAGGCUCUGACACUGCUGGUGCACACCAAGUUUGUGGUGUCUUAAACCUGGCCCAUCUCACCAUGGCUCCGGACUCUGCAGCACCUCAGCCUCCCUGCCAUCAACACAACACAUCCCCCAUCGAGUUCACCUGAGGCCAACCACAGAGCUUCAAUGUUGUGUUCUAAGUGAUCAAUAGAUUUGAAAAAUGUAUUCCCAGCCAGAUGUGGUUUUGGGUCGUCUUUUCUAGUCCCUCCCAUCCAUCUCUGAGACCAACACUGGGGUGUUAUGCAGUUACAGUAGAGGGCCUCUAUAGGGCCCAGAGCAUGUGGAGACCUGAGGCACACAGGACAGUAGGAGGAGCUCUUACAUCCCUGUAAUUCCCCUGAAUCAAUGUCCCAUUACGGAUGUUCAGGCCAGUCUUUUACCUCCCCAUUGAUUUCUAUUGUUCCAUGCUGUUACAUAUUAGUUGUAAGUCUUUAACCUUAAUCCCUAUUGUCUUGACCCUGGUUUGUAACCAUCGCUUAUGCCAAAGGGCCGAGUAAAAUCUAAGAAUAACCAUUAAGCUCUGUCAGAGAAACAGGCAAUAUUUUGGUCUGACAAAGCAUGUUUGCACCCCUAAUUGGAUUUCUGUUAACAGAAAACAAGGAACACUACUUUCAUAUAGACUCCAUUUUACUGCCACGGUCAAUGUAGAGAUGUGAACGUAUAGUAAAACUGACAGAAAACAAUAUUAUCAUAUUAUUUUUCUCCUUGCCUGCUCCAAGCUUCUCCACACUCUCCCAUCCCACCAAUAUCAUCUUAUUAUUUCCCUGAUAUUUCCAUGGGAAUUCCUGCUUUUCCCUCUCAUCCAUCUCCUAAGGAGGGCAUUGAUUUCUGUGGGAUGUAAAUAUACGCUGCAUUGUUUUCUUCUGUAGUUGGUUUGUUGUUGUUUGGGUUUUUAUAUUUUAUUUUUAUGUACUCAGACCUAAAGCGGUUUUGUGGAGACCUGGUCCAAACGCAAAAUAUGGCUCUUUCGUUGAGUAUAUUAUUGUCAGAAAAUGUUUUGUAAAAAUUUUGAUGACGAAAUCUAAAAUAAAUACAUUUAAAGAUUAAAA